AUGCUCCUGCUGCUCCUCUCCGCCUUUAUCCAGUACGCCAUCGCCACACUCGAGAAUAUCACAGUUGAUGAUACAGAUGGACGCUUCGUGUACCAAGGGACUUGGAACGACCAUUCCAUCUAUAACUCAGUCUUGGACUAUGGCGGAAGCCACUCUCUGAGCGGAGAUGGUUCUGCAGACGCCACUUUUACAUUCACAGGAGUUGCUGUCUACUACCUCGCACCGCUUUGGCCGUACAAAGUCGAUACCGAAGUCACACUAGACAAUGGGCCAUCCACCACCGUCGAUCUGACGGACACUUCUGUUACAUCGGUUGGGAAUGGCUCAGAAACAAUCAUGUGGGAUGUACGAUGGAGCGAGACCGGACUGAGCAAUACUCCACAUACUCUUCGGAUGUCCAUGGCGCCUGACGGGCAGUACAUCGUCGUCGAUGCAAUUAAG